UGUGAAGGGGGGUAACUCUAUGAAUUUUCUGAUAUUUUUUGUUUACGAUUUCAAAAUUUGCAAUAUUAAUGUAAAUAAUUGAGAUAUUUAACCAUGAGUAAACCAGGGCGUUCUCGGGUUCAAGGUGGAUGGGCUGGUCCUCCAAAAAAGAAGGAUGCCCGCUCAGACAUGAACAGAAUCAAACCUCCUGAAGUUCCGAUAUGGACUGGAAAAAACAUUGACCAAGCGUCCUCAUCGUCGACACAUAGAUUUCAGUAUGUUCAGCCAUCAGCAGAGGAAUUACAACAGAAACCGUCAGAUAUUAUUAUCAAUAAAGGAGGGGUUUAUGAUAUCAGUGAAGCUAAUAAUGGAAUUUCAAGGUUAAGAUUUUUCCCAGAUUUUUUACAAAAAGAAGAAGCGGAUGGGUAUUUUGCAGAAUUGUAUGAAUCAUUACCGUGGAAACAGACGACAAGUGUAAAGAAUGGAAUAUCUUAUAUACAACCCCGAUUGACAGCGUGGAUCGGUGAUUUACCGUAUACGUACUCGGGUAUUACCCAUCAUCCAGAUUCAAAAUGGAUUAAACCAUUACCAGAUAUAAAAGAUAAAAUAGAAGAUUUGAUUGGUUAUAAGUUUAAUUCGUUAUUAUGUAAUUUAUAUCGCGAUGAUAAAGAUGGUGUCGAAUGGCAUUGUGACGACGAACCUGAAUUAGGACCGCAGCCAGUCAUAGCAUCCAUCUCAUUAGGAGACACUAGAAAUUUUGAAUUGCGGAAAAAACCUGUACCCAAUACAGGAGAUUAUUCAUUUAGUCAAGUAGUUCGUAUCCCAUUAAAACAUGGUUCAUUGUUAAUAAUGGAGGGAGCUACACAAGAUGAUUGGCAGCAUCGGGUCCCGAAAGAAUAUCACGAUCGAGACCCCCGGAUAAAUUUAACCUUCAGAGUUAUCUACCCUGCCAAAUAGGUGACAACAACACAGAAAUUGUGUUGAGUGACUGGUGAUAUGUUAUCUUUAUAUAUGGUUUGAAGUGGAUGUGAAUGCUGCAAUAUCCAAAGUGAUCAAUUUAUUUUUUAUAAAUUAUGCCUUUUGCAUAAUAAUUCAUUGUAUAUAUAUAUAUAUGUUUGAUACUGGCAGAAUGAUUACCCAAUACUACUAAAUACUAACCCAAUACCACCAAAUACUAGCCCAAUACCACUCAAUACUAACCCAAUUCCAACCAAUACUAACCCAAUACCACCCAAUACUACCAAAUACUAACCCAAUACAAACCCAUUACCGACCAAUACUAACCAAUACUAACCCAAUACCAACCAAUACCACCAAAUACUAACCCAAUACUACCAAGGAAAUGAGACUACAUAUUACCUCAUUAUUUUGAAAGUCUGACAGAAUACUUCAGUUAUAUAAAAAAAAAUGAGGUAGUAUUUGGUUAAUAUUGGCUAAAUCGUCCUGCCCAUGUGACAAUGUAAAGUUGAUAUUGUUCACUUAUAAACAAAUAACUUCUAAUAAUGAAAAGGUCUUAUAAAAACAGAUCCAAGUCUACAUUUUAUAUAUAUGCAAUGUAUACAAAACUAGUCAGAUAAAAUGUGUUAUGUCACUAAGUCGUUCAGGCUAUGAUAUACAGAUACAGCAUUACACUACUAAAGGGUUUGUGUAUUCAAUAGUGAUCAAGUUUGUGUAUUUAAUAGUGAUGGGUGUUAUAAUUAGUCACGCUUUUACACUAAAAGUGACAUCUUUUACAGCUAGUAACACACCUGUAUAAUUUUUACCACUUUCUAUACUUACUAAACAUUAGUUUAAUGUUGACUUGUAUGAUUUAAUAGCAAAAAUUGUCCUUACUAAAAGGCCUAGACUAAGCACAUUUAGACUAAUUUUGACUUGUAUUAUUUAGAAGUUUCAUUAGUAAAAGUGAUUGCUUCAUAAGUGAAUGUUAUGAUUUGAACAUUUUAUUCCUCCCUGAUAAUUGACUGAGGGUUUAAUAGUAAUUUUUAAUUAUAAUGUCAGUUUUAUCAUAUAUUAAAAUCAUUUAUUGUUA